UCACCCCCGACACCGCAGCCUCGCCAACUCCGCCUCUCCCCGGCACGCACGCGCACACCCCCAGAGCCGACCAACCAUGGCCGCGCACUCCGUCGCCGCCGCGCACGCCACCAUCGCCGCGCGCGCGGGCCCCGCGCCUGGCGCCGCGGCGUCGGCCCCGGCCGAGCGCCUCGGCUUCCGCCGCCUCAGCUCGCUCGCCGGCCGCGGCCUGCGCUCCCCGGCGCCGGCCGGCCGCGCGCCCACCGCGGCCGCGUCCCGCCGGCAGCGCGUCGUGCGCGCCGCCGCCGUCGAGACGCUCGAGGGCAAGGCCGCCACCGGCGAGCUGCUCGAGAAGUCGGUCAACACGAUCCGGUUCCUGGCCAUCGACGCCGUCGAGAAGGCCAACUCCGGCCACCCGGGGCUCCCCAUGGGAUGCGCGCCCAUGGGACACAUCCUCUACGACGAGGUCAUGCGCUACAACCCCAAGAACCCCUACUGGUUCAACCGCGACCGCUUCGUCCUCUCCGCCGGCCAUGGCUGCAUGCUCCAGUACGCCCUGCUCCACCUCGCCGGAUACGACAGCGUCAAGGAGGAGGACUUGAAGCAAUUCAGGCAAUGGGGAAGCAGGACUCCUGGUCACCCCGAGAACUUUGAGACUCCAGGAGUUGAAGUCACCACUGGACCCCUUGGUCAGGGUGUUGCCAAUGCUGUUGGGUUGGCACUUGCCGAGAAGCACCUGGCUGCUCGCUUCAACAAGCCUGACAGUGAGAUUGUAGACCACUACACGUAUGUUAUUUUGGGAGAUGGUUGCCAAAUGGAGGGUAUUGCCAAUGAAGCUUGCUCCUUGGCUGGACAUUGGGGUCUUGGCAAGCUGAUUGCUUUCUACGAUGACAACCACAUUUCCAUUGAUGGAGAUACAGAGAUCGCGUUCACAGAGGAUGUGAGCACCCGUUUUGAGGCUCUUGGGUGGCAUACAAUCUGGGUUAAGAAUGGAAACAAUGGCUAUGAUGACAUCCGUGCAGCCAUUAAAGAAGCAAAGGCAGUUACUGACAAGCCUACCUUAAUCAAGGUGACUACCACAAUCGGUUUUGGAUCUCCAAACAAGGCCAACUCAUACAGCGUUCACGGAAGUGCAUUGGGCAGCAAAGAGGUCGAAGCAACCAGGCAGAACCUUGGAUGGCCCUACGAGCCAUUCUUUGUGCCGGAGGAUGUCAAGAGCCACUGGAGCCGCCACACGGCGGAAGGUGCUGCACUUGAGGCUGAAUGGAAUGCUAAGUUUGCAGAGUACGAGAAGAAGUACACAGAGGAUGCAGCAACCUUGAAAAGUAUCAUCUCAGGGGAGCUCCCUACUGGCUGGGCUGAUGCUCUUCCUAAAUACACUCCAGAGAUCCCAGCAGAUGCCACCAGGAACCUCUCCCAACAGUGCUUGAACGCACUUGCUAAAGUUGUGCCUGGUCUUAUUGGAGGUAGUGCUGAUCUUGCGUCUUCCAACAUGACACUGCUUAAGAUGUAUGGUGACUUCCAGAAGGAUACGCCUGAGGAGCGCAAUGUCCGCUUUGGAGUCAGAGAGCACGGAAUGGGCGCCAUUUGCAAUGGCAUUGCUCUGCACAGCCCAGGGUUUGUUCCAUACUGUGCUACUUUCUUUGUCUUCACCGAUUACAUGAGAGGUGCCAUGAGGAUCUCAGCUUUGUCUGAAGCUGGAGUUAUCUAUGUUAUGACCCAUGACUCUAUUGGUCUCGGAGAAGAUGGUCCAACCCAUCAGCCCGUUGAGCACUUGGUGAGUUUCCGCGCAAUGCCUAACAUAUUGAUGCUCCGUCCUGCUGAUGGUAAUGAGACCGCCGGAGCAUACAAAGUUGCAGUUCUCAACAGGAAGAGGCCAUCUAUCCUCGCUCUCUCCAGGCAAAAGCUUCCUAACCUGCCUGGUACCUCAAUUGAGGGUGUUGAGAAAGGUGGAUAUAUCAUCUCUGACAACUCAACCGGCAACAAGCCUGACCUCAUUGUAUUGAGUACCGGCUCUGAACUGGAGAUUGCUGCCAAGGCUGCUGAUGAGUUGAGGAAGGAGGGGAAGACUGUCCGUGUUGUGUCAUUCGUUUCCUGGGAGCUUUUUGACGAGCAGUCAGAUGAAUACAAGGAGAGCGUUCUCCCUGCGGCUGUUUCCGCAAGGAUCAGCAUUGAGGCAGGGUCUACUCUCGGAUGGCAGAAGUACAUCGGAGCUCAGGGCAAGGCCAUUGGCAUCGACAAAUUCGGUGCAAGUGCUCCUGCUGGAAAGAUCUACCAGGAGUAUGGCAUCACUGUGGAGAGCGUCCUCGCAGCAGCCAAGAGCUUUUAAGAGUCAAACAGUCUUGAAUUUUUGCCACCAUUGAUGCCAAAGGAACACUAUACCUUGAAGUCUUGUGCCCAAAGCUUGGAAUAAUGGAGGGAGCGGAAGGAUGCCCACAUUUAGAGCGUGAGUGGUAUUUUAGGCCUGUAAUAAACAAUGCCUUUUCCAUUUACGUUGGUUUUGUUUGGCGACCCUUAGACGUUUUAUGAAGGUGAGCCUAAUUUAAUUGGGUGCUGGUUUUGGUAACAUUGGCAAUGAACUGAUGAAGUAGUCUUGCAUCGAUGUUUCAUUCUUUGCAAGAUCGUCUUAAAAGGUCUUUUGUCA